UUGAACCCUCCCCCGGAAUUUUUGACGCAUCGCAUCAAGUUGUUCGAAGAAUGGAAGGCUGCUUAUGAUGAAGAGAUCAAGAACUUCAACGCGAAACUGGUUUUGUUAGAUAAGCCGCGUGUUCCAAUUACUGUCACCUUUCCUGACGGGCAAACAAGAGAGGCGACUUCAUGGGAGACAACCCCUCUGGACAUUGCCAAAGCUAUAUCAAAAUCUUUGUCAGAACGUGUCGUGAUUGCCAAGGUUGACGGCGAACUAUUUGACUUGGUCCGACCACUGGAGGCAGAUUGUACUUUGGAGCUAUUGGAUUUCGAAAACGAUGAAGGAAAAAAGGUGUUUUGGCACUCCAGUGCCCAUGUACUCGGUGAAGCAUGCGAGCGUCAUUACGGUUGCCAUCUUUGUAUUGGCCCCCCACUAGAUGAUGGGUUUUAUUACGAGAUGGCUAUCAAUGAUCGUGUUGUAAGCCAGAGUGAUUACGAGUCCCUCAAGACGAUAGCAAAGAGUGCCAUCAAAGAAAAACAACCUUUUGAACGAUUGGUUGUUUCCAAGGAAAAUUUGUUGGAAAUGUUCAAGCAUAAUCAGUACAAAGUUCAUCUGAUCAAAUCAAAGAUUCAGGAUGGAACUUCUACUACCGUAUAUCGUUGUGGUCCGCUCAUAGAUUUAUGUGUGGGUCCUCACGUCCCCCACACCGGAAAAAUCAAAGCCUUUGAGAUUACCAAGGUUUGUUUGAAAUAUAUUUUGUUCGAGCGUAUCUACGGAAUAUCUUUUCCAGACACCAAACAGAUGACCGAAUACAUGACCUUUAUCUCCGAGGCCGCAAAACGUUACCAUAAAAAAAUCGGUCAGGAACAAGAAUUAUUCUUUUUUGACGAGUUGAGUCCCGGCAGUUGCUUCUUCCUUCCAAAUGGCACCCGAAUCUAUAACACGCUCGUCGAUUUUAUAAGGACGGAAUAUCGGAAAAGAGGUUAUGGCGAGGUGAUUACGCCCAACAUGUAUAAUACUAAAUUGUGGGAACAAUCGGGACAUCUGCAAAAUUAUGAAGAAAACAUGUUUUGUUUUGAAGUUGAAAAAGAGAAAUUUGCGUUGAAACCCAUGAACUGUCCGGGACACUGCCUUAUGUUCAAGCACCGUGACCGCUCAUAUCGUGAAUUGCCUAUUCGUUUUGCCGAUUUUGGUGUAUUGCACCGCAAUGAGCUAAGUGGGGCUUUAGCAGGGUUGACACGUGUGAGACGGUUCCAACAGGAUGACGCACAUAUAUUCUGUCGGCAGGACCAGGUGGAAGAGGAGAUUAAUUCUGCUCUUGAAUUCUUGAAAUAUGUAUAUGGGAUAUUUGGUUUCACCUUUCAACUCAAAUUGUCUACCCGUCCCGAAAAAUAUUUGGGCACAGUUGAAGUUUGGGAUCAGGCCGAAAAGAAACUGGAAGAUGCGCUUAAUAAGUUCGGCGAACCUUGGGAACUUAAUCCGGGUGACGGCGCAUUCUAUGGUCCAAAAAUCGACAUUACAAUUUCGGAUGCUCUCAAAAGGAAACAUCAAUGUGCUACACUGCAACUUGAUUUUCAGCUUCCGGAACGUUUUGGACUUGAAUAUCGCACUCAAACGAGCGACGAGGAUCAAUCGUAUGCUCGUCCGGUCAUGAUUCAUCGUGCUAUACUGGGCUCCGUGGAGCGCAUGAUAGCCGUUUUGACCGAGAGCUUUGGUGGAAAAUGGCCUUUCUGGCUUUCACCUCGACAAAUAAUGAUUAUCCCGGUCGCCAAUAGUUUUGGGGACUAUGUCAAAAAGGUUGCGAACGCAUGUUUUGACGCCGGGUUAUACGUUGAAACUGAUCUGGGCGAAAGCACCUUGAACAAAAAGAUUCGCAAUGCCGAGGUUGCACAGUUCAAUUUCAUUUUUGUUGUUGGUGCCGAAGAGGAGACCACCAAUUCGGUCAAUAUUCGAAAUAGGGAUGAUGUGGGCACCAAAGCAAAAGGUCAGACAAUUCCCCUAGAGGAGGCAGUCAGAAAAUUGGUGGAAUUGAAAAACGAAAAAAGAUUAAAGAAUAGUUUGAAUAAAGAUUGA